AUGUUCUUCUGGUGUGAGAGGACAGGAUAUAUAAAAAAUGAUGAUGAUGAAAUGUCAGACACCAACAUCUCUGAUGACCCAGAAAAGAUUAAUUUUCAAGAUCCUCUGGUUGCUGAAGUUUUAGACAAUAAUAAUCAAAUACCAAUGAUUAAUAAUCAUAAUAGUAGUAGUAGUAGUAGUUUAGUAAUAGAACAACAUAAAUUUAAAGUUAUUAAAGCAGUUCUGACAAACACCUAUUUAAUCAGAUCGAUCUUUAGUUGGAGCAAUAGAAACUUUAACUUUAAUAACAUUCUAGAGAAAAGGAAUCAUUCUCUGCUGUCAGAGCAACAACAACAACAACAACAACAACAACAUAGUAGUAGUAGUGGUUAUAAUAAUAAUGAUGCAUUUGAACAACAAGAUCAACUAAGGAAUCAUUUAUUGAAUAUUAGACAUGGAUUAAACAAACAUUUGUAUAGUGACUGGAUCUAUUUACGAGAUAUACUGGACAACAAAUACUAUGCACUACUCAAAGACAAAUUGAAAACAAAUAGACACUUGGUGGUUGCCCAACGGGAUAUUGUUAGAGCCACCAAAUUGAUUGGUGACUUUGAAACAUUUAAAUUGCUCUACACUCGGUAUCAAGACCUUUAUACCAGUGACAAGCUACUAAAAUAUGCCUGCUCGCAAGGCAACAUUGACAUCAUAUCAUUGCUACUUGCACAAACCAAUCCCGUUAAACUGUCAACGGCCAAUUGCUUUGCUGGUGCAGUCUCUAAAUCUCAUAUCCAUGUCCUCGACCACCUCUACAAUAACAAUGUACAGAUGUUUGAUCAAGAGAAUCUCACCACCAUCUCUGACAUUAAAAAUGCACAAUCACAAUUGAUUAAAGGUAUUCUAAAAUCUGGAUCACAUGCAGUCAAAAUUUGGGUUGCUGCUCGAUUCCCAUCGAUCAGUCUCAACACUGACACAACCAUCAACAGAGGACUACGUCAAUCACAACAAAACGAUCUUUCAAACAAGGAGUUGGCUUAUAGGAUACGAUUUGGAGAGGUAUUGUUUGCAAAGAAACCUACGUCGGUCGAAGGAUGGUUCUACUUUUUGGAAGAGCUAAGUCGGCUCAAACAAGGACAUCGAUUGGCGUUUAUAAGGGAUUUAUUAAUAGACCGUCCUCCAGCGUGGGUUGGUCGAGAACACCCAAAAUAUUAUCUAGACUUGGUAUACCAAUCGACGGUAAACCUACUGUCCAAAUCAAAGUCACCAUUUAUAACAUUCGAUUCAACAGAUGCGCACAAUAAAUAUGUCAACAUGGAAAAUGGAGUUGGAUAUUUUAUAGGGACACCACAUAGUCCUAUCGAUGUCAAACCUGUUGGUCGUACAAUAGAGUAUAUCAUCUCGUCGGCAUACUUUGCACAUCCAUUUUCAGUGACUACGCACGUUGAACAUAUUAUGGCAGCUCAUAGAUACUCGCACAAGGAUCAACUAAACCUACUUAAAAUAUUGUAUGGUAUUGGGGUGGUCAAGCCGACCGAGAGUACCACUGACCAAGACCAAGUACAGAUAUUCCAAAAACUACUUCGAGCAGCCAUGACAUCUCACAAUACUGAUUUGAUAGACCGAUUAUUACAACUAUACCAAAACACUAGAAUCAACCUACACCUUUGCGAUGAACCUGGUAUGGUUCGAUAUGUCAUAGAAAGUGCAAUCUCUCGUAUCGAUAUUGCACCUUCAAGUGGUAUUGAAAAGAUUGGUCGAAAGGGAUCAAUUGAGCUAUUUGAUUUGGUAGUACCAACACUCAACAAUGAAAAUGUUCGUAUCAUUCUAAAUGUUGCAUCACAAUAUGGAAGAUUGGAAUUGGUUAAACAUAUUGAAUCUCAAUUCCAGAAUGCCCAAGACAGUAGUAGUAAUAGUACAUGUUACAGGCCAUCAGUCUGGACAAAGAACAUACAUCCAUCUGUUUUUUAUUAUUGUUUGGAGCAUAGACUCGAAGGAUGGACCAUUGAAAACGCAGUACUCCAACUCGUCAUCAACGGUCGUAUAAAUAGAAUUAUGGUUGUAACAACUCAACAAAUUGAAGAUAAACUUCGUGCUACUUAUGCCGAUGCUACUAUUAAAGUAGAAGAUGUUUCAGGUGGAUGUGGAGCAAAGUUUGAUAUCAUCAUUGGAUCAGAUGUAUUUGAUGGUGUUGCACUCUUACAAAGACAUCGUAUGGUAAAUGAAACUAUGGGUGAUUUAAUGAAAACCAAUGUUGGACCAACUCAACUCUACUCAACCCAACAACAUACAUAUAUACUCUUAUUUAUCUUAUCCUCUUCUUAUUCAUCCUUCCUCUUCUCGAAUCAAAAUCAUUCCGUUCCAUUUUUCUCUCAUCCUUCCAUCCAUUUUUAA